CAGGGGGGAAGCGGCCAGUCUGUGACGGAGUAUGUCGUCCGCGUUCCCAGGAACCCCAGUAAGAGGUACAAUGUCAUGGCCUUCAAUGCUGCAGAUAAAGUGGACUUCUCUACAUGGAACCAGGCUCGCAUGGAGCGUGACCUGAGCGCUAAGAAAAUGUACCAGGAGGAGGAAUUGCCUGAAUCUGGAGCUGGGAGUGAGUUUAAUCGCAAGCUGAGGGAGGAAGCCAGACGCAAGAAGUAUGGCAUCAUUCUCAAAGAGUUCAAGGUGGAGGACCAGCCCUGGGUACUGAGGGUUAACGGCAAGGCCGGACGCAAGUUUAAAGGAAUUAAAAAAGGUGGAGUAACAGAGAACGCCUCCUACUUCAUCUUCACCCAGUGUCCAGAUGGAGCAUUUGAAGCUUUCCCUGUCUCCAACUGGUACAACUUUACUCCACUGGCCAAGCACCGGACACUGACUGCAGAAGAGGCCGAACAGGAAUGGGAAAGGCGAAACAAAAUCCUGAACCACUUCAGCAUUAUGCAGCAGCGCCGCCUGAAGGACCAGGGUGGAGAGGAUGAUGAUGAUGAGAAGAGCAAGAAAAAGAAAAAGAGUGACCUGAAAAUCCACGAUCUGGAGGAUGAACUAGAGAUGAGCACCAGUGAAAGUGAGGGCAGCGGAGAUGAAGGUGAGGGACCAGAGGAUGAAGGUCGGCGGAAGACACAGAAGCAAACUGCCCGAACUAAGAAAAAGAAGAAGCAGGUUGACGAUGAAGCCAUAGAAGACAGUGAUGAUGGUGACUUUGAAGGACAAGAAGUAGACUAUAUGUCUGAUGAGAGCAGCAGCUCAGAUGAGGAACUUCUUGGCAAACCCAAAGUCACCAAAGAGGAUCAGGACGUUCCUAAAGGGAUUGAUGAGGCGAGUGAGAGCAGCGAGGAGAGCGAAGAGGAGAAGGUGGAGGAGGAAGAGGAUGAAGAGAAGAAAGGUUCCACGCCUCAGGAGCGGAAGAGGAAAAGAGACAGCAGCGAGGAAUCCGAGUCAACAGAUGACAGCGAUAUUGACAAAGAGGCUUCCUCAGCUCUUUUCAUGCAGAAAAAGAAAACUCCCCCGAAGAAAGAUAAAAAGGGGGGCUCCAACAGCAGCUCCCGCGGUAACAGUCGACCUGGUACACCGUCUCCUGAUUCCGCCAACACUUCCAACACUCUCAAAGCUGCGGCCAGCAAACUGGAACAAGGUAAACGUGGCGCUCUCCCUCAUACGCCGGCUGCAAAGCGCCUAAAAAUGGAGUCUGGGCCUCAGAGCACAUCUGGAAAAUCGACCCCACAGCCGCAGUCAGGAAAGUCCACGCCAAGCAGUGGGGACGUUCAGCUUACCGAAGAGGCUGUUCGGAGGUACUUGACCCGCAAACCGAUGACUACAAAAGACUUGCUAAAGAAGUUCCAGACCAAGAAGACAGGACUGAGCAGUGAACAGACAGUGAACGUGUUGGCCCAGAUUCUGAAGAGACUGAACCCUGACCGUAAAACCAUACAUGAGAAAAUGCACUUCUACCUGAAGGAAUGA